AUCUAGUUCACCUAAGAGACAACUCAAUCAUCAAGACUUCCGGAAUUACCAAAUACACAAAUAUGACUGAUUCCGGACUGCUCCGUCAUCUUCGAUCUGCUGUACCUUCACAGGCACAUAGAGGGCUGAUAGAGUCAGUACUACCAACGCUUAUUGACUGUAUAUCGGACAUAGCAAGUUCUCUCAGGAGCUCACACUAUGUUUCGCAGGCGGGCAGCGCGAAUGCGUUCGGCGACGACCAGCUAAAUGUGGAUGUAUUGGCCGAAAAUAACAUCCGAUCCGCUAUUUCACGCUGCGCUUUCGUGGCCACCGCCAGUAGCGAAGAGGACCCAGUGGAAAGAGAUGUUCCACAUCAGCAAGGAUCUGAAUCUGCUACUAAUGCUCCCGAAGAGCAAUAUACGGUCGCGUUUGACCCUCUGGAUGGCAGCUCUAUCAUAGCGCCAAAUUGGACAGUCGGGACCAUCAUCGGUGUUUGGCAGGGGAAAACAGCGCUCAACCAACCUCCGGCAAGCAGACAAGUGGCCGCUGUGCUUGGCGUCUAUGGGCCGCGCACUACAGCCAUCAUCGCGCUCCGCACACCUGGGUCGGAGCCAGCAUGCCUGGAAAUAGGAAUUGGCGAGAAUGGGGUACGUGACUGCGAAGUCAUUCGGCCUGUAGUCCGGCUGGCGGAAUCCCCGUUCAAGACCCGUUAUUUUGCCCCCGCGAACCUCCGUGCGGCGGCAGACGAUGAGAAGUACAUGGGUCUAAUCUCCCAUUUCAUCCAAAACAAAUACACGCUGAGGUACAGCGGCGGGCUUGUUCCGGACGUAGUUCAUGCGUUAGUCAAGGGACAUGGCAUCUACAUCUCUCCAGUCACCGCAGCUAGCAAGGCAAAGCUGAGACGCCUGUACGAGCUGUUCCCCUUAGCUCUGAUCAUCGAGUGUGCGAGAGGAAAAGCGAUCGACCCAGCUGAUGGGACGGACAUAUUGGAUAAGCAAUUGACAGACCUAAACGAAACCGCGGGAUUAGUCUGCGGGACGGCAGACGAAGUCGAUUUCGUGAAGAAAUCCCUUCUCAACUAAGUGAAAGAGGUACCUACCUCUAGUAAUUAAUAGAGUACGGUUAGUAUCAAAUAGGUAGAUGGUUGGUAAGCCCGAUUGCAUUUUUACUAGAUUAAUUUUAUACACUAGACUACCUACCUAGAUACUUAAAUAAACACCCUGAGGAACUCGACUAAGGCUAUAA